GGAGACAAGCAAGAGUCAGUAAUAGAAGGUUUGAAGAAAGAGUUUGAGGAAGGAGGUCUAGUACUAGGGGUACCAGAUCAUGCGGCGGUGAUGACCAGACCUUUCAUUGUCGAAACGGACACAGGGCCAACUGCUUUAGGAGGUGUGUUGAUCCAGCGAGACCUUAAUGGGGAAGAACGACCACUAAGGUUUGAGAGUCGAACGCUCAAUACAGCUGAGAGGAACUACUCACAGUUUAAGCGCGAAACCUUGGCAGUUCUUCACUGCUUAAGGAUUUUCAAAAACUACCUCUUUGGCAGUAGGUUUGUAUUGAGGGUGGACCCAACUGCUCUAAGCUGGUUCUCUCAAGAAUUCGCUCCUUCAAAUCCAACUAUCGCCAGGUGGUUGACAUUCAUCUGGAUGUUUGACUUCGAGUUCGAGCGAAUCCCGGAAAAUAAGAACAGAGCAGACGGACUGAGUCGGGUCGACUGGGAUAAGAGUAACCAAGGGGUGAUCGAGGAUACUCCUCCAGUUGACGGGUUCCUGGACAGUGAGGAGGAUGUGAGACUUCACAUCAACUCCUGGUCAUUGGUCGUGGGUAACUAUGUUACUCCUGGGCGACCUGUGUGGCUUGCGCCUCCAGGGCAGGUACGACGACCAGACCUAGUCCUUAAGCCCUAUGUUGAAGAAGACUCUUGGGGAAUGCCAGGUGUGGAUUGGAUGAUGGAUCUGGCCUUAGCAGGCAAGUACCAAUUACAUGAGGACUUGCUUACAAUUGAGGAUGGGGCGUUACAGGUGGAAAAGCACGAGAAAGCAAUAGGUGGAGUAUACAUGUUGACUAAUGCGCUGCUUCAGGAGGAGGUGGCCAGGAAUACGGUACAAAGCCAGGAAGAGGAUGAUAAUGUAAUCCAUGAACGGGAAGAUGAUGAUUUUGAAGAAGGAGAGACUAAGGAAGCAUUUCGGGUAGAGGAAUAUGAGGGAUUGUACCUUGAACUCGGAAUGCUUCUCUCGUGUGAAAUGAGGGAAAGGGACGCUUGUGCGAGGGUUUUAAAAAUGAGGCCGAACUUUCUAGUAAGGGAUGGCCAUCUGUUCAUGCGAAGCAAAGGGAAGGCUCCCAGACGAGUAGUCUGUGGCGUCACUCGCCAGAUUGACAUUAUGGCAGCGUUACACGAUGGUACGGUAGGUGGCCACAGGAGUACAAACACGACGUAUCUCAAAAUACACGAACUAUACUAUUGGGAUGGCAUGGGACAGAUGAUUGAUGAUUAUUGUAAAUCCUGUGUACCAUGCCAGGAGCGAUCCUCUCUUAGACCUAGAGAGCCGCUUCACCCAAGAUUUGUGAUGGAUAGAGGAUCCGAGUUCACCUGUGCAGAAGUAAAAGCGCUUUUGAAGAGGUAUGGGGUUAUCGCCGAGUACACUACUGUGGCGCACCCCCAAGCUAAUGCACCGAUGGAAAGAGGACAUAGCACCAUCACGAAUCUUCUCGCCAAAUGGACUGAUGGCAGACCCAAUCAAUGGCCGAACUUUCUAAGGGUCGCUUUCUUCGUGGAUAAUAUCACCGUCAAAAAAAGCACCGGCUACGCACUGACUACGUUAAGGUAUGGCAGGCAUGCGACGUUCCCUAUCGAAAGCUUCCUAAAGACUUGGAGACGGCAAGACCUCGAGACCAAUCUGACAUUUGAGGAGUUGCUGGACUCCAGGGCACGUCAGAUUGGCGCUAUAGAGGACAAAAUUGAGGAAGCGGCGAGUAGGACGGCUGACAGUCGUACCAAGGACAAGUUCAUGUGGGAUAAGAUGGCGAGAGCAAGGAAAGAACCCCUCAAGGUGGGAGACAUUGUGGUGCUAUACGACUCAUCCCUAGAGAAGCAGUGGGCACGAAAGUUGGACAAGAGAUGGCUGGGACCAUACAGGGUCACCAGGAGUGGUCAACAUGGAGCAUACCAGAUUGAGGAGUUGAAUGGGACGGCGUGAAAAGACUGGGUGUCGGGCUCGAGGCUAAAGAAGUUUGUUGCUCGAGACGAGGCUUGACACCGCUUGGGGCAGCCAUGCCAAGAG